AUGGGUGACUGUAGAAAACGCAAUGGCUCUGUGAGUAAUAAUGACACAGAUCUAUCUGUUAGCCCUUAUAGAGAGGACGACAUAAGAGUGGUUUGUCACAAAGUUGACGAUGAGGAUUUUGGCGAGGAAAUACAGUUGGAAACUCGAUCAGAAGUGCAUGUGGAUGAGGAUGCUGACGCGGAGGACUGCCGCCGGGUGAACGGCAGUGUUGACCGGGUUUAUGUGCCGUUUAUCUGUAAGAGAGGCGAUAGUGACAGUGAUGAUGGUGAUGAUGAUUGUGAGCAGGACAAGAGGGAAAACACCGUUCAGAGAGAAAAUAAGCCAGCAUGUCCAGGCCUGGGUCUCCUGUACAGUUUGUUAGCAUCUGUCUUUUUCUCUGUUGCUGCUCUACUGGUGAAGAAAAUCGAGGGUAUACAUGCCAUCGAAAUCAGUGCGAUUCGGUGCUUCUUCCAGAUGUUGUUUGUCAUGCCGGCCAUGAUAUAUUACAAAACUGGCUUUUUAGGACCAAGAGGAAUGCGGAUCUACCUGUUUUUCAGAGGGCUCCUGGGGUCCAACGCCAUGAUCUUGUUGUAUUACGCAGUUUUGCAGAUGCCUCUAGCCGAUGCCAUGGUUAUAAUGUUCAGCAAUCCAGUUUUCACAGCUUUGCUCGCUUGGAUAUUCCUCAAAGAGAAAUGCACAAUAUGGGAUUUCGUUUUUACCGCGUUUACGCUUACCGGCGUCGUACUCAUAGCGAGACCUCCUUUCCUUUUCGGUGGCGAAGUGCCGGGGAUUGAAGGGGACUACAAAAAUCACAUCAAAGGGACGGCGGCCGCCUUCACGGGCGCUGUUGGGGCGGCAUGCACAAUGGUGAUCUUGAGAAAAAUAGGGAAAAGUGUUCAUUACUACCUCUCAGUUUGGUACUAUGCAGUCCUCGGACUCAUUGAGUGCAUCAUUGUCUUGUUUAUCUUGGAUGACUGGACAAUACCGUCCUGCGGGUGGGACCGGUGGACCCUCAUGGCCAUCGGGCUGCUCGGUAUAGCUGGCCAGACAUUCCUCAUCAAAGCCCUGCAGAUUGAGAAAGCAGGACCAGUUGCACUGAUGAAGACGAUAGAUGUGGUCCUAGCCUUUAUCUUGCAGUUCCUCUUCCUCAACCGCAAACCGACAUGGUGGAGUCUAGGGGGGGCAUUGUGUGUGAUCAGCAGCACAAGUGGGGUGGCCAUACGGAAGUGGUACAGCAGUACUAGACAAAAGAGUUGAUUAUACAUUAAAUUAGUUAAAUUAAUUAAAUUAGAAGAAAUUAUAUAUAUUUGUUGAAAAUAAUUGGUGCAUUAUAUACCAAAGAAACUUUUUUUUACUGUAAUACUUUACAGCAUAUAUGUAGGUAUAUGACAUUUUGUAGUUUUGUGAUUUCUUAAACGUUUUUUUUUUAGUCAAGACUCUUUAGAGAUAUGCACUCACCAACUACUUUAUUAGGUACAGCUGUACGCCUAAUUAUUCAUGUGAUUAUCAAAUCAGCCAGUUAUAUGGCAGCAGUGCAGUGUAUAAAAUCAUGCCAAUACAGGUCAGGAGCUUCAGUUAAUAUUCACAUAAUCCAUCAGAAUUGGGAAAAAUGUGACCUCUGUGAUUUCGACCGUGGCAUGAUUUUUGGUGCCAGACAUACCAAAACCGACAUGGUGGAGUAUUUCUGUAACUGCUGAUCUCCUGGGAGUUUCACGCACAACAGUCUCUAGAAUUUACUCAGAAUGGUGUCAAAAACAAAAAACAUACAGUGAGGGGCAGUUGUGCAGAUGGAAAUGAUUUGUUAAUGAGAGAGGUCAAGGGAGAAUAACAAGACUGGUUCUAGUUUACAGAAAAGUUACGGUAACACAGAUAAACACUCUGUACAAUUGUAGUGAGCAAAAUAGCAUCUCAGAAUGCACAACACGUCGAACCUUGAGGUGGAUGGGCUAUAACAGUAGAAGUUCAUGUCGGGUUCCACUUCUGUCAGCCAAGAACAGAAAGCUGAGGCUGCAGUUUGCCUACAUCUGCAAGUCGCAGCAAAAAUCGAGAUUAGAUAGACCAGGCAUUGUUUUUCCAAUCAUCUACCAUCCAGUUUUGGUGAGCCUGUGCCCACUGCAGGCUCAGUUUCCUGUUCUUAGCUGACAGUAUUAGUACCCGGAGGUGUUUUCUGCUGCUGUAGCCCAUCCGCCUCAAUGUUCAACUUGUUGUAUGUUCAGAAAUGCUUUUCUGCAUUGCACUGUUGCAACUUGUGGUUAUUUGGGUCACUGUCAGCUUGGACCAGUCUGGCCAUUCACCUCUGACCUCUGUCAUUAACAAGCAAUUUUCAGCCACAGAAAAUUGUUUUGGAGCUCACCAUCAUCCAUCCACAUUCACAUCCAUUAUAUGGAACACAGCACUAGAUACAUUCUGCUAAACAUCUCCUUUUGUGUUCCUUUUGCACUGUAACUAAAAUUUACUGUUAAAAGCAAGACAAGGCCAACAGGUUGUCUGAAUAUUUUUGGAUGCUUAAAAUGAUGUUACAAUUUGUUCUUGUAAGAUCUGAGUUGUAUGUCCUAAAACUGAAUGUGCAUCAGCAAUAUGUUCUGAACCUUUAUUAAUAUACCACCUCUGCUGUGAACUCUAUCCUUGUGUACCUUAGACACGCACAACUUUACUGUACAAAUAUUAGCUAGAUAAAGAAUGAGUCACGCUUAUUUAUUUAUUUGGGGCAUAUGCCAUGACAAGACAAGUCGUUACAUGAGGCUACGCCUAUAACAGCAAUAAUAGCUGUUCUUCUGAUGUUUAGAGACUCUACUUAUUUGCACUGUAUCUCAUUGUUUUCCCUUUAGAUUUAUUUAAUUUAAUGAUCCAUUUUAUUAUGGUAUUUAAACCUGUUUGUGUAAUCUGACCUAAAAGCACUUUACACAGGGUUCCCACAGUCACGGGAAACCUAAAAAUGUCAGGAAAUGUUAAAAUUGUGAUGUCCAGGCCUGGAAAAGUUUUAUCUUAAGUCAUGGAGAAUACUAUAGUGAAUAUAGUUUGCUCUAAUUUAAAGUGUUUCAUUAGAUAGAUAUUGCUCAUUUUGAGUGAUUGUGUAAAUUAAAACUUGCCUACAAGCCAGCUUGAAACAUCUGCCUGUCCUUUGGUGACAUUUGUACACUUCUAAGUAUUACAGUUUAAACCUAUUCCAAAUAUUGGAAACUGUAUACAAAUGGAAAUCUGCUUUAGCAGUCUUUAUACAAUUCGUCAUUAAAAACUUGUGAUCCAGUAAUCAAGAGCGACUGGAAAAUCCAUGGAAAUUUCUUGGUCAAAAAGUGGGAAACCUGUUUACACUGACUCAGUGUGUCAAUGUACCUUUAUUAAAGGCACUUACAAAGAAUGGUUUACUGAUGCUGCACCAGCAGUUAAUGCUGCCUUAAAACGUUUCAUCUGUUGACAUAUCUGUUAAAAUCCAAAUUUGUAAAGAGUGGAUCCCUCCAUAUUAUUUAUUGUGAUUCAUUUAAUGAUGCCUGCUAAAGAUUUCACCUUGCAUAUUUAUAUGAC